AUGAAGUACUUAGUAGUUACGUUUUCGUUAGUGGCUUUGGCUGCAGCUCGUCCUCAGUCACCGUCUGGAAGUUACCUGCCAAGUGGGGGUCAAAUAACCUCGUUCGAGUCAUCUGGUAGCCAAAUGAUCGGGAUCGGCGGUGGAUUUGGAGCGAUCGGUGGAAUUGGUGGAAUCGGCGGUAUUGGUGGUGUGGGUGGUAUCAGUGGUUUACAGCAAGAUCAGAAACACGUCUACUUCUACGCCGCCCCCGAAGAGGAACAAGUAUCCCGUCUACGCAUCAACAUCGCACCAAACUCGCAGAGGAAUACCAAGAUCAUCUUCGUGAAAGCGCCAAGUUACGGCGGUGUCGUCCCAGAAGUCAUCGCUCCACCAUCCUUAUCGGAAGACAAAACUUUGGUCUACGUCUUGGUCAAGAGGCCAGAAAACGGCGGACAAAUCACAAUUCCCGCCGGGGCCGGAGUCAAACAGGCCAAGCCCGAAGUUUACUUCAUCAAAUACAAGUCUCAACACGACGCCGAGGCAGCAAUCCGCGGAGGACUUAACGGACAGGCUGUCGGUUCGUCCGUUAACGAUGUCGGCAGCGAAUCGAGCUUCGUUAGAACUUUGGAUUCUGGCUCUCGUGGUCAUGGCGGUAUUGGAGGACACGGUGGAUACAAUGUAGGUGGAUCGCAAGUUUUCGGAACCAGCGGAAGCGGAAUCAGUAUCUCAACCACCGGUAGUGGUGCGCAAUUUGGACCGGCUGGUCAAAGUGGACCCUACUAA